GCAUUCUUCAAUUUAGGCAAAUAAUUUUGUCCAAUUCUUAAAAGAAGAUCGUUGCCGCCAGGCGGUCGUUCGCUAUUUUGCGUCGUAUCCAAAAUGUCGGACGGGGAGGACGAUUUUAUGUGUGAUGAUGAAGAGGACUAUGAUUUGGAGUACUCAGAAGAUAGCAACUCAGAGCCUGAUGUGGACUUGGAAAACCAAUACUACAACUCAAAGGCCCUCAAGCAAGAUGACCCUGCUACGGCACUUGUCAGUUUUCAAAAGGUGCUGGAUCUUGAAAAUGGUGACAAGGGCGAGUGGGGAUUCAAGGCACUUAAGCAGAUGAUAAAAAUUAAUUUCAAGCUGACUGAAUACGAAGAAAUGAUGGGGAGGUACAAGCAACUGCUCACCUACAUAAAGAGUGCUGUCACGAGAAAUUACUCCGAAAAGUCCAUAAAUUCUAUCCUGGAUUACAUUUCUACCUCCAAACAGAUGGAGCUUCUUCAAGAGUUCUAUGAGACUACCCUAGACGCUUUAAAAGAUGCAAAGAAUGAUAGGUUGUGGUUCAAAACAAACACAAAGCUUGGAAAAUUGUACUUCGAUCGAGGGGAAUACAACAAGCUGGCCAAGAUCCUUAAACAGCUGCAUCAAUCUUGCCAGACAGACGACGGUGCGGACGAUCUCAAAAAAGGAACGCAGCUCCUCGAGAUCUAUGCCUUAGAAAUACAGAUGUACACAGCACAGAAGAACAACAAAAAAUUGAAGAAACUCUACGAGCAGUCGCUGCACAUAAAGUCUGCAAUUCCCCAUCCUCUGAUCAUGGGCGUCAUUAGAGAAUGUGGAGGAAAGAUGCAUUUAAGGGAAGGCGAAUACGAAAAAGCACACACAGACUUCUUUGAAGCCUUCAAAAAUUACGACGAGUCUGGAAGUCCAAGGAGAACAACGUGCCUGAAGUACCUGGUCCUUGCCAACAUGCUCAUGAAGUCAGGAAUUAACCCGUUUGAUUCCCAAGAAGCAAAGCCAUACAAGAAUGACCCCGAAAUUUUGGCCAUGACUAACUUAGUAAGCGCGUACCAGAACAAUGACAUUGCGGAGUUUGAAGCCAUCCUUAAAACCAACAGAAAAAACAUAAUGGACGAUCAAUUCAUCCGGGAGCACAUAGAAGAUUUGCUCAGGAACAUCAGGACGCAAGUUCUGAUAAAGCUUAUCACUCCUUACACAAGGAUUCACAUACCUUUUAUCUCCAAAGAACUAAACAUAGACUCCAGCGAAGUAGAAAACCUCUUAGUGUCCUGCAUUCUCGACAGCACAAUUCAAGGCCGCAUCGACCAGGUAAACCAAGUUCUCGAACUCAACAGCCGAGGUCAAGGGGCCGCGAGGUACAACGCCCUUGACAAGUGGACGGCGCAGCUAGCAACCUUGCACCAAACUGUGGUUAACAAGAUAGUGGCGUAGCACACCCCUCCGCUGUUCACGCCCCUGUUUACAUUUUUGUUACUCCCCUGCCUUGUACAUAACCCUGCUGCCAACAAUGCGUUAUUUAAAAAAGAAAAGACAGUCUUAGAGCUUCAAAGAAAAACGUGUGAAUGACCCAGGGUGCAUCAAACUGUGAUUGUCACGGCGAUUUUGAGAGAAGCAAGCAUGUGCAACGUCAGUCCUAAGGAGCAAGAAGUGAUGUUCAAAGUGGUUCUGUUUGAUCAAGAUUGCCAAUGUUGUAAAAAAGGCGGUUUAUUUUUGUGUGUCUUGUACUUGCUUAAAAAGAGUGAGGAGUUUAACACGAGAAGCAUGCAAAAUAAUGGGUGAAAAUUUCGUUUUCUCUUGUGAUAACAGCAAAGAAAUAUACACGAGGUGUAGUGGAGGGCAAAGGGAUGGGGGUGGGGGGAUAAGACUAAAUUUGAGACCUGUCAAAUUGAUGUUCUUAAUGUCAAUAAGGAAUAUUGCGCUUGAAAUGUUACUGGCACAUCAGGUGUACUUAACUGGGUUCAGCUGGUUCCAGAAAUGUUCAUAUUUUAGUUAAUUCAAGCGAGAUCUAUUUGUGAAAGCGUGCCAAGAUGGGUAUCGGUGCACUUUAACGUAAUUUUUUUAACAUUUUGAAAGGACAUGAGAUUUUGAGCUCUUGGAUAGGACAUGUUGGUUCUGUGUUGCAUUUCUUUGUGCUUAUUUGACCUUUCAGGUCAGUAGGAGUCAUAAACCGUCGAAAUGCAUCUCUGGAAAGGCAAACGUCUGACGUAUGCAGGUUUUUCCAACUCAAAGAAGUGGCAUUCAUGACGCUUCUUUGCUGAAGUGCAUGACAAAUAAAUAUUUUGUAAUAUAGUA